AUGGAGGGGUCUGUACAUUGCGGGCUGGAAACGAACCUGCGUCCAGGGGCUGAACAGAAAGUGGUGUUCAUCACUGCACGAGUCCACCCUGGGGAAACACCAUCUUCCUUCGUGUGCCAAGGUAUAAUUGAUUUCCUUGUGAGCCAGCAUCCUGUUGCGAAAGUACUGAGAGACCACCUGGUCUUCAAGAUUGCACCCAUGCUCAAUCCUGAUGGAGUAUACCUAGGAAAUUACAGGUGCUCCCUGUUGGGGUUUGAUUUAAACCGACACUGGGCGAAUCCAUCUCCUUGGGCUCAUCCCACACUGCAUGGAGUGAAACAGCUCAUCAUUGAGAUGUACAACAAUCCGAAGAUUAACCUGGAGUUCUAUAUUGACAUCCAUGCCCACUCCACCAUGAUGAAUGGCUUCAUGUAUGGGAACAUCUUUGAAGACGAGGAAAGAUUUCAGCGACAGGCUGUUUUUCCCAAGCUACUCUGUCAGAAUGCUGAAGACUUCUCUUAUUCCAGUACAUCGUUCAACAGAGAUGCUGUGAAAGCAGGGACAGGCCGGCGCUUUCUUGGGGGGCUGUUAAAUGAUACAUCCUACUGCUACACUCUGGAAGUCUCGUUCUACAGCUACAUAUUGGGUGGACCUAAUUCUGCUGUCCCCUACACAGAAGAAGCGUAUAUGAAGCUUGGAAGAAACGUGGCCAGGACGUUCUUGGAUUACUACAGGCUGAACUCCUUGGUGGAGAGACCACUAGCACCCACUCCUAAAACUAGGAAAGAAAAACUGCCGGUUUUUAAAUGCACCACCCAGAGGGGCCAAGGGAACAGCCAUGCUGGCGGCAAGCCGGAGAAGAGGAGCCAGGUGCAUCUGAAGGACCAGUCUCGCUCCACACGAUGA